CAGCCAUCAAGACGGACGAGAAAAUCUGUUCAGAUCACUUCGUUACUGGUGAGCGUUAUUAACUGUUAGCAUUAGUGGUGGUGAGACUAGAUAACGCUUGCUGCAUUUACCUACACCUACUCCAAUUCACGAGCAGCACACGUGGAUUCGUGGAAUGAAGAGACAUCAAACCGACCACUUAGUUAUAUACCUCUUGAAAUAAAGACUAUGGAAGAAGGCAAAUUUAAAAAUAGAAAAAAAAGAACUCAAGAAUCUCCUAUUCUGCGGGAGCUACGAUACCGACGAGAAAACACUGAAAGACAUUAUGAUGAAAUCUAAGAAGGGGCUCAUUUGAAAACGUACCAGGAGAGAGCAUACAAAAGUCAAGUGCUGUGACGUCAUAAGUCAGCUACCCACAGGGAACAAAGCGUUGCCAUGUCGUGAUUUUGAAGACCAUUAAUAACUUAAAAUAUAGAGGUUUGCUUUAUAAUUAACAAACGUUUACUGCAUGCCAAAUACAUGAUGAUGAUGCACGCCGCGAACUGAAGCAACAAAAAGACACUAUUAUUUAAUUGUUUAAAAAAAAGCAAAAUUAAAACAUGGCCUUACAGCAGUCGGUUCCAAACAUCCCAGAGUCGAGUCUAGAAUCAAGAGUCAGACAUUAAUCAGACUCAAGACCGGAGACGAAAGACGCAGUCACUCACUCGCAAUAACUCUCAGUUUGUCAUUCAUGAGUGAAAAACGCCGAAGAAAACACACGUAAAAAAGCGAAAAAAACAAGCAACAAAGGUGUUGCUGUCCCACAAGAAAUGUCUGUUUACAGGGAGGACAUUGAUGAGAACAACCAACAUGUGCCAACUGCCCAUGCAUGAAACCCAACGCUAACUAAGGAAGUCAGAACCUCAUCUUGAAGACACAACAGAAGGUUCGGACACCCCAGUUAUCACCAACCAAUCAACUAGAGGAGUUUUUGGGAUGUCUGAGCCUCUCCCGAAUGCAGAAAGUGCUGCGGCACCUCCAGACACAAACACGGAUUCUCCUAGCAAUGCUCCAGGGACAUCUGGGGCUGCCCAGACAUCGGUGUGUCUGGAUACGUCUCAGGAGGCAGACAUGCGUGAUGAUGAUGUUGAAGAAUUCAUCCAACUCACUGCAGCCACAAUAUUCAGCAACGCACCACUUGGACCCUUGCCGGAGGAUGAAGUCUCCAGAGAAGAUGAGAACUUGCUCAAGUAUUUCAUUAUGCUUCGACCUAAAGGACCUGCAGCUACCAUCCUGGCAAAAGUUUGCACUGCACUGUACAGUGGGGGAGGACAGAGUGUUAAAGAUUACUGCAGUCAUGUUCUAGGUUUCUCCAACAAGCAAUACAAAAAAAUCUUUAGUCUACAUGAGAGGAGUACCUUGGAGGCAGGAACCGACUGGCAAACCUUUGACAUUACAUUUCUGUACAAACUGCUCCAGUGUGUGUGUGGUCUUGCACCUCCUUCUGAUAAGAAGUGGACGGAACCAACAGCAAGCGGAGUUAAUGAGGAACUUGAGCACAUGUUAUACUGCAUCAAGUGCGAGAGAAACUUCCUGGCACACGAAGCCGUCACGUUGAGCGACGAAGAACUUCAAGAGCGCUCGUUGAAGCUGAAGACACUGCUGGAGAACAUACUGUGCAAGGUCGGCCAGCGGAAAAACAUUGACCUCUCGCAGGAUUUGAAAACCGCCAGAAUCAAAUUAGAUGAGAUUCUCAACUCGACUUCGAAAUACUCUCUUAAGUCUUAUCAGCAGGAACUGGAAGACCUGCGCCAAAAUAUCGUGAAUGAGCUGGUCAUCAACUCUCAGGCCGAGUUGUUUCCGCACUAUCUCGAUUUUUGGUCAUCAGCUCUAGUGCAGUGGUUUAAGGUUCCAACGGCAGAGGGAAACAACGGCCUUCGAGAGUCAGAAAUCUUUACAAAUGUAACCAUCAAAGACAGUAAUAACUCUGUUAUGCCAGUGAAGGGUAUCUUCUCUUAUCGCAUUGAGAACGACACUCUUCCGCAGGUCAUGAUCAUCGAAGGGAUUGCAGGCAUUGGGAAAAGUCACGUCUGUAAAUACAUUCUUCAUAAAUGGGCCUCUGUUAAAGGAGAAGACAUAAAUUUGCCAGAUGUUGAGAUCAUAAUAUUCAUACAGUGCCACACAGUCAACUCAAAAUCUCUGCGAGAAUACCUGACAGAGGAGUUGCUGCCAAACACAUGCAGCACUAUCCGGCAGGAAGAUGUGAUACCAGCCCUUCAGAAGUGUUGCGUUCUUUUCGUUGUUGAUGGUCUCGAUGAGGCAGGCUCAAAUGUGAGGGCUAUCGUCAGAGAACUGGCUAAGAAAUUUUCUAAGAACAGGAAAAUCAUAACCUGCAGACCGGAAUUUACUGAAGAUGCCAAGACCCUAAUGUCAUCCAACGAGAGGGAUACUUGUAUUUUCUUAGCAAAAGGUUUUGACAGUAAUCAGCGUAGGGAGUACCUUGGUAAACUGCUGGCAACAGUCAAGGCGAAUGUAAGUGACUAUGAAAGCACUCGCAAUAGGCUGUAUGAGAGACUCCAAGAACUAGAGCACCAUAUGUAUUCCUCACAAUGCCUGCCACUGACAAUGACGAUGCUGGUGUCACUGUGGCUCAAUGACGAAACACUCUUGACUCAGACGACAACGGCGAUGUGCAUUCACCAUGAAAUCACAAAGUGGAAAAUCAAGCAACUUGCUGAGAGGACUCAGCGCAGGCUUGGAGAGUCGCGACACAUCAGCCUGGUCGAACGCACGUGUCAGAAGUGGCUCCAGGCCCUCAGUAAAGUGGCUUGGGAGACGCUCAAAAACAACACGCAGGUGCUGGAUGAGAAUCGAACAGCCGAGCUCUUCCAAGAGGCAGAAAACAACAACAUAGACCCGAUAGAUGCUCUGUCCUGUUUUAUGAAGUGCAUCAAAAUACAAAAGAAGUUCAAGAUACAAUAUGCGUGGGAAUUUUUCCACAAACUUUUCCAGGAAUACCUCGCUGCUGUGUACUUAAAUGAGAAUCCAGUAUUUCCUCCUAGAAACAAUUUUCUGGGUGAAUAUAAAAGUCAAUGUGAGAUGUUGGUACAACAAGGGGGAGGUUUCGAAUUAGAUUACUAUGAUGAUGUGGCAAUACAACAAAUGGGAUUCGUAUUAGAUUACUUUGAUGAUUUUGAAAUACAACAAGGGGCAGGAUUCGAAUUAGGUCACUAUGAUGAAUCUCCAUACAGCUUUGAGAUUGACGCUGAAAAAGUCGAUAAGCAAAACACAUUACAGUUUUUGGCUGCAAUGGAAACCUCAAAAGGCGACAUCAAUCUUGAGUACUUGAGGAAAAUCGUCAGAAAGUAUCGACAAGCCACAUCUACCACAGCAUGGGUUCAGUGGGCUACAUUUCUCAGGGAAUGUCAUGAGCACCCAGCUGUCUGUAAGCUUCUUAGAGAAGUCUUUGAAUGGUACGUCAUCGAGUUUUUAUCGCCAAAUUCUUACGACACUGAGGUUCUUGAAGCGGUAGAGUUCUUGCUAAGGAAAACAAAGUUCCAUCCACAUAAAUGUAAAGUACGGUUUAAUCGUGAAGAGUCACUGCCAGAUGGUUUAGGCCAAAUGCUGUCCACGAUGAUGGAAGUCUCACCGACAACUACUGUUAGUAUAAUGUGUAAUUUUGCUCUCUCUGCAGAUAUGGAGCAAUGUUUAGGUCAGCUCAUAAAGACGGACACAAUAACCCUAACAUUUAAUGGAAAGUUGCAAGACAAAAACACAAGUGACUUAAUUAGCCUCUUAAAAUGCUCCCAAGAGAAAGAAGCAGCUAUCCAACUGAGUGUAAUGAUAGAAAGCACUGAAGAUCUCAGAAACUUUGCACACUGUUGCAUUGCAUCACCUAUCCCUAGGAGUGCAAAGCUUGACUUGUGGGUCUACUGUGCCUCUGCAGAAAUGCAGGGCCCUCUCAGCGAGGUGUUCAAAGCCUACGGGUGGCAAAAACCGCUGUCUGUCAGUUUUCAGGACGCAGAGAUGAGCGAACGGACUAAAGACAUACGAGAGUUAUUGAGGGGUGCUCUGCACAAGAGUUAUGUCAAGCUGACCAAACUGGAACUCGAGGUUGUAGGUGACGCUGAGAACCACCUGAAAGAUUACAAGGAAAUGGCGUACGCAAUAGCAGACGACACUCGGUGCAGCCUUGUGUUUAAAGGAGCAGCUCACAGUGAUGAAGUCAUCUUAGUUUUGAACGGGAUCAAGAAUGAAUGAAUGAAUGAUUGGAAGUUUUCUGGCAUCCUGACAUCGAAGGUCAUUGACGCCGAUAUCGUUUAUUAUAAAUAAAGAAUAAAAGUAUAUUCAAUUAAAACCAUAAAAGCAAAUAUAUCAUUGUAAAAGUUAAA